AUGCCUCACCACUCCCGCAACGGGUCGAGCUCGCGAUCAAAGUCUCCGCCAUGGGAUGACGCCGAUUCUCCAACUCACAAACCUUCAAACUCUCUUCUCCCACUAUCGACAUCCAAUGGCUCGCUUGGGGGCUCAUCGUCGAAACGGCAAGCAGGCCGGGUCUGGCAGAUCUGGGAUACACCACGGGGCCAGAAAGUCUUUGUAGGAUUAAUAAUAUUUUUCUACUUCGGACUUGGUGGCGGAAUGGUGUUCCAAGAACAUGUCUUACUUUGGACCGGUGUCUACAAAUUCAACUACCCCAUGUUCGUUACUGCGGCGCAGCUGAUAACAGCCCAGGUUAUGCUGGUAUUCUGGGCAUACUUGACCAGACUGAUCACGCCAGCGUUCAACUUGAUCCAAUUCAACUUUGUCGUAGCCCCUCCCGACCCACCGGUAUACCAGAAGACCCAAGGGUGGGGUUGGGGAGCUCGCGGUAGUGUUUUGGAAUUCGAAUGGAAGACCGGGAGGAAGUUUAUAUUUGCUUCAGCUGUCUUCUCGUUGAAGAUCUUAAUCUCGAAUUUUGCUUUUGCAUAUGGCCAAUUUCCUGUAUACCAAAUGUCACGAAUCCUCACCAUCCCAUUCGCCCUCUUCUUCGCCACCCACCUCCAAUCACAAACACUCCCAGUCACAACCAUGUCCUCCGCCCUCUCCAUAACCUUCGGCCUCUUCAUGACCUCCCUCCGUCACGUCCGAUUCGCACCAGAAGGCUUCAUCGCCGGUCUUUUCUCCAGCUUCUUUACAGCUCUCCACCCCUUCACCCUCCUACAAGCCUAUAACAUCAUGCUCGAAAAUCUAAACACGGGACCCACAUCCCCCGGCAGUAACAACAACCCAAGUUACGAAGACCACCAGCGUGCAUUCUGGAGAUUGCUCUGGUACAUCAAUACAUUCUCCCUAAUGUUCAUCGUUCCAUUAUCAAUAAUCACAGGAUCCUGGCAUGAAGUUUAUCGAACAUGCUACUUCCUGGAUGCCGGUUACUUUUGGUUUAUGUUGUGGCUAUCGGGAUUAUUGGGAUUAUUGUGUUUUAUCUUCAUGUUGGGGAUGAUACGAUUGACCAGUCCGUUGACAGCAAUUGUGGCAAACGGACCUAGGGCUGCUAGUACGACUGCGCUAUUGAGUUAUUUCAAGAUGCAGAUUUAUAGCUGGGUAGGCUUUUGGAUGACGUGGGUUAGUAUGUGGUGGUAUUAUAAGGGGAGAAGGCAGAAUUUGGGGAAAGAGGAGGCGAGGGGCAGGGAUUCGGUGGAGUAUGAGAUGCAUUGA